UCCUGAGAGGAAGAUCAGUUUUUCAGAAUAUGAGAUUCACAACAACAAGCUCAUCAGAUUUAAAGGACGAAAACCUUCCUCGUGGACUUGUUGAGCAACAGGCAUUGGCUGUUACCUGGACUCCUCCAAUAAACCCAUGGCAGUGUUAAAGCUGUUCUUAAAGGCUGGUCUGCUCCUUCAGUUUGCACUGCAGCUGUUGGAUGGAGCUGAACCUCAGAACCUAAACUGUCCUGCAUAUUGUGGAGUUCCUGGCACUCCCGGACACAAUGGUCUGCCUGGGAGAGAUGGGAGAGAUGGAGCGAUCGGACCCAAAGGAGAGAAGGGAGAGCCAGGAGUGAGUGUUCAGGGACCACCAGGUAAAGCGGGACCACCUGGGACAGCUGGAGAAAAGGGGGAAAGGGGACCUUCAGGUCCACAAGGCUCUCCUGGACGUGAACUCUUAUCUGACACCCUAAAAUCUGAGGUGCAGCAACUUAAUGCCAAGAUUGCCAUGAUUGAGAAAGUUGUGAGUUUUAAUACAUUCAGAAAGGUCGGACAGAAAUACUACAUCACUGAUGGUGUUGAGGCAACUUUUGAUGCAGGGAUGAAGUACUGUAAGGAUGUUGGUGGGACAAUAGUUUUGCCAAGAACUGCUUUUGAAAAUCAGGUAUUAUUGAAAGUAUCAGUAUCCAGUGGUUUAGGUAGUAAGAAGCCAUAUAUAAGAACUACAGACAGAGAAACAGAGGGACGGUUUAUGGACACUGAGGGGAACCAAUUGACUUUUACUAACUGGCAUCCUGGUCAGCCUGAUGAUUAUAAGGGGGUGCAAGACUGUGGAACAAUAACAGACUCUGGCCUUUGGGAUGAUGUUGGUUGUAAUGGUCAACAUCCCAUCAUAUGUGAAAUAGAAAUCAGAUAGUAUGUAUAAGAUAUAUUGAUGUAUACACAUCUGCAAUAUUAAUAUGCUAUUAACAGCACACACAGUAUUCACAUUAUAAAUCACA